AUGAAGUGCAGACAAGCGUUUCUGCUCUCCUCAAUUUUGCUCUUCCAGCCCCCGACUGCAAAUACCGUACGUUUAGCCAUUCAACUCAAAGAGGUCCUCUCACGUGGUUCGGCCCUGCAAAAUGGCGAUAUUUGUUGGUUCGCAGCAGGAGGCGACAAAAAGGGACGUCUCCGAUAUCCUCUUGGGUUCGCUAGUGCAGCUCAGGCCCAUGCUUUUGUUCCGUGUACUAUCAAAGAGGCCACCCCAGUUAAAGCGAGAGCGCAAACAGCAAGGGCAGAAGAUAAUGCGACAGCAGCAACAGUGGAGGCUCCGCAAGCAACAGCACGCGUGUUACCAAAAAGGAGGAGACGUGUAUCGAAACUUCCGGCCACAGAAAAAGGCGAAAAUACAUCAGUAAAAGGCGGAGAUGACACUCCUUUGGCUUCACCAGCAUAUGUCCAAAGUGCAACAUCACUUGUUGGUCCCCCAGAUGCUACUGCUGUAGAAGAUCCUACGGCGGCAACUGCUGCAGGUGCUGACGCUGUUGUCUCCCUUGCUGGAGCGGUUCCUGUAGCAGCAGAUUCUUCAGUUGCUUCGACAUCUCCUGAUGCUGCUCCUCGUGGAGCAGUUGCCGUGCCUUCUGCUGGAAGUCGUGACAGCUUUUCUAAUUUUCCAAUUACUAGUCUCCGCACCGCCUGUCGAAAGCUGCAGUUGUCUAGCAAGGGCAAACGAGGCGAGUUGGUGCAGCGACUGCAUGAAGCAGCAUCUGUAGACGAGAUUGUGUCUCUUAUACAGCCAUCGGAGCCCCCGAUGCAGCACCACCAAGUUAAAGAAGGGAUGGCAUCAAGACAGGAGCCAGAAAUGCCUGCAGGAAUUAACGCAAAGCCAGUUUCCCACCGCUGCCACAAAUGCAACCGACGAUUGUCCUCCACUAUCAACUAUAGCAGACUUUGGUGCUGCAGCAAGAGGUCUCUGUGGAUAAUUGUGGUGUUGCAUUCAGAGGCCCGUUUCUGCUCUGCGUGCGGCGCCACCAUCAGCACUGCGGGCCAAGAGACGCUGAGGGAGUUUGUUGAACGCGACUUUUGGCCAGUCAGAGAACAGGAAGUAGGAAGCAACACAAUGCGAGUUGAACGCGGAUUUUGGCAAUCUAUUUUACAGGUUAUUGGAGAUGUCCCUGUGGCAAAUCUGUCUUCUGCUAUAUGGGAAAAGUAUUUGGGGGUGCUUAAGCAACGCAACUGUUCCCCGCGGACUCAGGUGUUGCACCAGGUUGCGUAUUUGGCUGCCUUGAAGUAUGCAGUGCACACAAGGCGGCUUGACGGAAUUCACCCCUUCCGCAAGAUAAGAGGUUGUACGAAGCGUACACUCGUGUCGGUGCCGUUGACAGCUGAAGAAGUCUACUUGCUGCUGGCCGCUACUCCCAACACAAUGCACUGCGCUUUAUUUGCUGUUGGAAUCGGCGCUGGCCUCCGGCCUUCUGAGAUUUUGUCGAUGAGGUGGGAAGACAUAAACAUGGAAGAUAUGACGGCAACGAUUCGUGGCUCAAAGACAGCAGCAUCAGCGGCCGCCAUUCCUCUUACGAAUCUAGCAGGGAGAGAGCUUAUGCGCUGGUGGGAAGAGGAGGGUAAACCAACAAGCGGCCUGUGCUUCUACGCGGAGGGAAUACGCACACCCAGCAACAGGGCAAAACUGGAAAAGAAGACACCGAUCCGCUCAUUCAAAAAAGCUCUGCUUGCGGCUGCGCAGCGAGCAGGCAUUGAUGAACUGCGCUGUGGAGAGCGCCGCCGGAUUUUUCCCUACAUACUUCGGCACUCAUUCGCGACAAUUGCAGCCACUUCAAACCCCCCCGUGCCACUGCCCGUUGCACAGGCUGUAAUGCGACAUACAUCCUCAAAAAUGCUUCUGGAGACAUAUGCAAAGGCCGGCGCUUUGGUCAUCAAAGAAGGCCUCCGGAAUUUUAAGGUCUAA